GUUGGUGCGUCAACGCACACGCGCGCGCACUGAUCAGCGCAAUGUUAAGCGCUACGAAAGAGUUGCUCACGAGUAUAGGCGACGAACCCCUGUGCGCACGCUGUUGUCAUGGUGAACUGAAGUGCAUGCUUUCAAUUGAGUCGCAGCAUGGUUUGUUGAGAUGAGGAAAAAAAAAUGCGUGCUAUCCCUUCGUACUAGGCAGGUAGAUUACGCUUGUGUUUUGCGCAGGCCGGUUCUUGUGAUCGUCAGCGACUUCUCUGUGGAGAUGAGAUUGCCUUUCUUGUACUAGACUGCUUUUUGGAGGCUGUUCCAAGAAGCAACUGAAGGUGAAGCAUUCAAGUGUUUUAUUUUUUUUUACUAUACGCCAAGGUAAUUAAGUCUUCUGAAUGCGAAUUUAAAGCCUCCAAAUUAAAUUGCUUUUUGAGGACACUUACGUACGGCUCGAAGCGAAAGGAAAUAAUGUCAUUCCACUUGAUAAAUAAGAAAGAUUGCUAAAUAAAAUCAUUACCCCCAUGUUGUGCUGGGCAUCCUAUUUGAAAGCAAUCAAACGUCUUUAUCGUGCCUCGUCUUAGUCGAUUUAAGACGACCUUUCGGUAAGAGUAGUGUGUGUUUCCUUCUUCUUUGGUGGGUAAAUAAAAAAAUCAUACGCAUCAUUAAACGCAAACCACUGACCUCUGCUGUUUGCUUGCUUGUGUGUCUGUGAGCCGUUGAGUUUUAGGAAGUGUGAAGCGUUUCUUGCCGAAGGGUGUGCUCGUGACACAGAUCACACGCAAGAUCGAUCGUGGGUCGGUUCAGGGACCGGGGCCAAAUUGCAUCAUCUCAAUUUGAAAGGCAAUUGGAUGGAUGUAAGUGAUUAGAUUUCAAUGUAUGCUGUCCUAAUUUGUUGUGUUGUUUUAUUAAAGCUGUCAAGUGGCACACAACACGUUUGAAUUAAUCAUAGAAAUAAACUGUAAAUCAGCAUAGACAUGGGGUUGGGUACAUUUACAAUGGGUUUUAUGAAUUAUCUUUUAUUUAUGAAUGUUAUAUGUAGAUUUACAGAAAGUGUUUAAAUCACAUCCAAUCAUUAAGACGUGCUAAAAGUCGCUAAAAUGGCACUACUUUAUCCAAAUCAUACACCGUUCCAGCAUUAAUGUUAUUUCCUUCACGGGGCGAAAAAUUGGGCCAAACACUCUACGACGAUCGUUUCCAUCUCGCUGACUGUGGGUCAUCGGGGUGCCCAAAAAAGGCAUCGCACAGCUUUCGGCGAACGGUCCGGCGCGUGUAGAUUUCGGUUCGCUUUAUAGCACAUCAUCUUUGUUGUGUUGUGUUGCGGCGCUUUUCAACCGCACUGUUGUCUUCUCCCCUGCGUGUUACGGACCACUCGGCGGAUGAUUUAAUCGCUUGCGCCCCACAAUCAACCGAACCGUAGCGUGGUGCAGUUCGCCCGUGUUCAUUUCUUCGCCAGUUUUCUUUCCCUGUAUACACGUCUGUAAGGGCAGUUCCGCAUGUGCUAUUCCCACUCGGGCGCGUGUGCAGAAGAGCUAUUUUGAGGAAAACACAGCGUGAGGAAUUUCCUCGUGUGCUUUGUGUGCCCUUCAUUUCGUAAGGGUAGUGUAGCGGCAAGUUUUUUUCCUCGUCGUUGGGCGCGAUCGUUGUGUGGGAAAACGAUCUAUCGGCGACGGCUGAAGUUACCAAUCGCUUCGACCGGUUUCGGUUGCACCACGCCACGCCAGAACAAAACGCAGGUGAGUGGAGCUUAGUGUCUGCAGGUGAAGUUUUCCAAUCCCUCCUCGAGUUGCCUCCACUGAGCACUGAGUGGGAGUGCACCGAGUGCACUAAGACUCAAAAAAGGGGGGUAAACGAUCGUCAGAAACUGCUCAGGUGGCAGUACGAGUCGUAUGUUCUGUGUGUAUGGUUUAGCGUGGUCCCGUUCGUGUUGGCGCUUAGCUAAGUUAAGGCAAAAUCAUGACCAAAUUGGCGAUCGCUAUGUGUCUUAUUGUUUUGUUGGCUUCGGUGGAGCAUCGUGUUGAGGCCACCGUGGUACGGCUGUUGACCGACUUCAUCCAAAACAAUGUUGCUGGUAUACCGCUGAUUCACAAGACGGAGGAGUACGACUUCGAUCCGGAGAUAAGCAAAAAGCGCAGAGAGCUUUACUAUGAGCUGCAUGGCUACCGUGGCGAAAAGGUGAUCGAACGGCUCGGUCUUGGCAUUGACGGGAAACAUCACGAACGGCUCGCGUUUCAAAGGCAGCGCGACGAGGGACAUCUGCAGGGCCUUAACUAUCUGCAGCCAUAGGGUUAGAACUCGCUUUAACGCGAAUGUAAAAAACUAAAUUCAAUUACCAGUGAAGGACGGCCGACGAUAUCGCCGUUUUUGGUUGUGACCAGUUCGAGCAUCCCGUGGAUUUUACAGACUGUUGUGGAAAAGUGCAACAAGGCCAUUCGAAUCAUUGGUUUGUGACAGUUUUUGUGGUAUAUAGAGCCUAAAGAGCCUAAACAUGGAACAGGGCUACUUAUUGUUAUAGUAAAACAAAGCAUUGAUUUUAGGAGCUUUGCCGUAACUCUGUUUUAAACAGAAGUGCAAAUGCACAAUGCGAAAAUGAUUGUGCAAG